AUUGCAGAAAAUGCCAGAUUUCCAUUUUUGGAAACCCAGCUCUCUUCUCUCUCCUCCCGACCGGAAAUCGCCAGAAAACGUCUUACGGCCAUUUCUUCCUCCUCCGGCCACCUUUGGAAGUGAAAUUCUUGGGUUAGCCUCGUCUCGACCUUGCGCACCUCCCCGUGGCCGCCUUUCAACCUAUCUCGGCCUUUAGCCGCCGCAGCAACGAAACCCGACCCGAGCUCAUUUUCGAGUCAACGGCGUUUUCUCUCAAGUCCGGCCACCUUUGCUCGAUAUUCUUGGCUCUCUGAACUCGCCUCAAGAUGCUGAACAAUAUCCAAGAAGGAUCGGACCUGAAGUAAAGCUUUGACAGGAACACUCAAGCUCGCCGGAAACUGGGAAAAUUCCGGCAAACUCGGAGCUUCCAAGCUUCGGUUGGAUCUCUCUGGAGUCUGCAACACUUGUUACUCUAACAAUGGUUUUGGCCACCGGCCAAGAUGCUGCAGUUAAUUGCUGGUUAGUUUUUCUUUCUGAAUGUGCAGAACUACAGAAGAGAGCAGAAACUUAGCUUAAUAAGCUUAGCAAGAAGAUGGCAUGGCUACCUUUGAUGGUGCAGAAGCCGGUUUAUUUUCUGGGGAGGCAAUGGAACGGUGUCGACAUAGUUAAUGUUUUCACCCUUGUUGCUAUACAUCUUCUUGCUCUUCUGGCGCCAUUUCAUUUCACAUGGUCUGCGUUUUGGUUGGGCGUAGCACUCUACUAUGUCACUGGUGUGGGGGUAACUAUAUCUUUUCAUAGAAAUCUCGCCCACAGAAGCUUCAAGCUUCCCAAAUGGCUCGAAUACUUCUUCGCCUAUUGCGCCGUUCAUUCGCUUCAGGGAAGUCCACUAGAAUGGGUUAGCUCACACAGGAGUCACCACCAGUUUGUGGACACGCCGAAUGACCCUCAUACCCCUCUUAAGGGUUUAUGGUUUAGUCACAUUGGUUGGAUCCUUGAUUAUCGUAAACGUUUUGGAAAUUAUGAUGGAAAACUAUACAAUGUUGGAGAUUUGAAAAAACAGACAUAUUAUAAGUUUCUUCACUACACGUACCCUUAUCAUUGUAUUGCUUGUGGAGUUGUACUCUAUCGCAUAGGAGGAAUGCCCUAUUUAGUUUGGGCACUGGCUGUGAGAAUGACAUUUUUUCUCCAUGUAACUUUUUCAUUAAAUUCGGUUUGCCACAUAUGGGGAAACCAAGUAUGGGAUACUGGUGAUUUGUCCAAAAACAACUGGUUAUGUGGAUUGCUAGCUCAUGGAGAAGGUUGGCACAAUAACCACCAUGCUUUUGAGUACUCAGCUCGACACGGUUUUGAAUGGUGGCAAAUUGAUAUUACUUGGUAUCUGAUAAGGUUUCUUGAGAUUGUUGGUUUGGCAACGGAUGUUAAGCUCCCGACUGAGAUUCAGAAGAACCGAAAAGCUUUGUCAAACAAAAUCAGUAGCAUGGAGCAGGAGGGAAGGUUUGAAACAAAAGUGAAAUGAUUUCAGAGGAAACCUAGCUGCUCAGAAUCUCAGAUAUUCGAUAUAAUCUGAUAUGAGCAUAUGAGUACAUGCAUUGUGCUAUAUACAUAUAUAUAUAUAUAUAUAUUAUGUAUUACAACAUUGCUUUGGUUUCUCUAUAUCGAUAUGUUUUAAUACGGUUUUAUCAACAUAUCUCCUUUUGGUGAGUAAUAUUUACUAAGUGAAAAUAAGUGGAAAACUAGUCUGCAAAUUAAUAUAGAUCGAGUUUAUCUU